UGGAGGCUGGCGCUUCCUCUGGGGCCCCGUCGGUGACUAGGGGAGGUGGAGAUUUACAAUCACACCCAGUCAAAGUGCUCCGCUGCUCUAAACAAAAAAAAAAAGAAAGGAAAAAAAUCCCUCCCCGAGACACCGGGAGACACAGAGCCCUGCACCUCACAACAGACACGCAAACCAGGAGGGACGACAUGUGCUUUGAUACUCCGUUAAUUACUCAUGUGAUGUGAUUCACGCGUCCCGGGGCAACAGCCGAAACUUCUUCAACUGGUUCCAGGGGAGACAAACAUUUUAGGAAGGCAGCUCUUCAGCGGAUUCUGAUCUGGUUUUGCCUGUAAUCAGAGUGCGGAGCGUGCACAGCCAUGGCCUCCGCAGUCCUGCACGUGUUGCGGUUGGUGAUCUACACGGCCUGCACUGGAAUGUGUCAGACAAAUAUUAUGGCCCACGUCACAGGCACAGUCACCGCCAUGGCAAAUGAGCCCACCGGCUUACACAGCCCCGGAGCUCCAACCCACACCUCCAUCUCAGCCGCCUCUCUGCUCUUCAUCCCCGACUCCGUCAGCUCCCCUACCCCUGACCCGUCAUCUACGUCCACCCAACCGGUCUCCGCCAGCUCCUCGGGCCCUGUCCUAAACGUCAGCCAACACCUGGCUCGCCUCCCCCCGCUCCUGAACACUUCAGCCUCUAACCCACGCUCGGUCCCCCCCACGAAGGUACAGAAAGUACCGCCUCGAUGCAGCAGGUCUACCGGCAUUACCAUCAAAAGGCAUUUCAAGUACAUCAACACGGUGAUCUCCUGCAUCGUAUUUGUGGUGGGCAUAGUGGGCAAUGCCACCCUUCUGCGGAUUAUCUACAAGCACAAAUGCAUGAGGAACGGCCCCAACGCCCUCAUCGCCAGCCUGGCCCUCGGAGACCUCAUAUACAUCAUCAUCGACAUCCCCGUCAAUGUCUAUAAGCUCCAGAGGAUGCAGUGGCCCUUUGCAGACUAUUACUUUGGUCUCGUCCUCUGCAAACUGGUCCCAUUCCUACAGAAGUCCUCAUUGGGAAUCACUGUAUUCAGUCUAAUGGCCCUCAGUGUGGACAGGUACAGGGCAGUGGCGUCUUGGAGCAGAGUGCAGGGAGUGGGCAUACCAGUGCUGACAGCCAUCAAGAUAGUCACCAUCUGGGUACUAGCCAUUAUCCUGGCUGUGCCUGAUACCAUCUGUUUUGACAUGUACCGCUUCGAACACAGCAACACGUCAAUUAAUACCUGCAUGCUCAAACCAAAGAGCCCCGCCAUGGAGUUUUAUGUGAAUGCGAAGGACUGGUGGUACUUUGGGUUUUACUUCUGUAUGCCCUUGGCCUGUACAGCCAUCUUUUACACGCUCAUGACAAUUAAGAUGCUCAACCACAGGAAAGGCAGUCUGAGGAUUGCUCUCAGCGAACAUCUUAAACAGAGACGGGAGGUGGCUAAAGCAGUCUUCUGCUUGGUGCUGAUAUUUGCUCUGUGCUGGCUACCUCUGCACAUUGGCCGCAUCCUGAAAUGGAUUCUAUACAACCCACUGAAUGCUGACCGGUGCGAACUUUUGAACUUCCUGUUGGUGCUUGACCACUUGGGCCUUAAUUUGGCCACCGUGAAUUCCUGCAUCAACCCCUUCAUCCUCUAUUUUGUCAGCAAGAAAUUCAAAAAUUGUUUCAAGUCUUGCCUGUGUUGUUGGUGUUACUCUGGUAUGUUGGCAAACGGUACACCGCAGAACGGCACAAGCAUCCAGCACUGGAAGAACCAGGAUCCCAACAACCACCAGGCGGACCACAGCCAACGGAAAGACAGCGACUGAGUCCAUUUCGGUCCCCCUCCCAGCUUCAGCCUCUUAUUAUUUCAAGAGGGCAUUUUGACCCUUUCAGUACAAGGCACUGAGACCACAAUCGCUUGAGCAGAGCACCAUUGCACUUCUGAGCCGAACGCAAUGAAAAAAAGCUAAUUGUGUAUAAGUACAUGGACAAUGGGACUGAUGUGCUUACAGCGUUUCCUAGAUCGCACCGAUAUCGCAGUGAGCGUUUUUCCUGAGAGGAUGAAAGCAUUGUUCACGGCGGAACAGGAGGGGAGAGCGAUUGGAACAGGAUACACCUGAAGCCGGACUGUGCAUAAAUCUAAUCAGUGGGCUCACGGUGAGGGAGAGGCUGCUGGCUGGGAACAGCAGGAAGGAUGUGUGGAUUAGCCUGUGUGUCACAACUAAUGAAAGAACCCAAUGCUACUGUCUGACCAGGGCCCUGUGCCAGCAUCUUCCUCUAUAUUCUCUAUGCACUACACAGGGUAUUUAUACACAUCUGUGCACUUGGUCUAUGAAUGCAUACAGCCAAUCAUAUCUGAGGUAAAUUAGGCUUGUUCAUACGGUCACAGAUGUACACACUCCCUGGACUACUGAAAGGAGAGCAUUUCUUCUUUUAACCACAUAAGGGUUUGGAUUAUAAAAGGUUAUAUGCUGUAUUAAAAACAUACUUAUAAGAAUAAUCCAACAUAAUAUUUUGUAUGUGCUUUGUAAGUGCAUUGUAUAGCCAUGUGUGUAAAAGAGAGAGCAUAAUGCAUCACUUUCUGUUUAAAUGAAAAGGUGUUCCACUGCCUUGAUUCCUUAGCACUGGUAUCAUUGGAACUGUAUGUUGUGAGUGAUUCAUAAACCUUUGGGUUUAUCCUGUCAUGGCACUGCUGUAGUACAAUGAUGGGCCCCUAUGUCUGGUAUUGAAUCUGGACCAUGCUAGUGCAAACUGUGGCUGGUAGCCCUGAAAAAUGGUGCACAGUUAGCUGCAGCAUCACAGAGGGAUGGGAGAGUUUCAAAAUGCCAAAUGAUCAUACUUUAUCAAGCACCAGCAACUUCCAUUGGAUGAUCAGUUGAAUUGAAUUGAACUGAAUCGAUUGCCCAGUGGGACGAACAAGCAGUCAAGCAUCCAUUAGUCUGCCUGUGAAUCUGCCUCACGCAUGAAGUGCCAUCCCCAAGCUUAUGUCUGUGAAAGCCAGACCUGGUGUGCAGUAAGAACAGUCUCUCACACUUUGGAGUCAGCAUGUGCUUGUCUGUACUCUCCCGUAACAAUAGUGGAGGUGUAAGUAAACACUUACAGUAUACGUAUAUAAACACUCAUAUUUGGUUGGGUAUUCCAAACUGGGGAGACUAAAUACAUUUUUAAAAAUUAAUUAACACUCUACGCAUCUAAAGUAAGCUCUCAAAUGCCAUGGGAAAUGGAAUCACAGACAAAAAGAUACCUGCUAAUCUUACCAAAGGAAAGUGAAUGUAAAUUUGUGUCAAAGUGAAUGAGAAACUGCAUAUAAUAAUGCAUCCAGCCAAAGCUUUAUAACUGUUGCAACUGUGAAACAUGUACUUAAACUGUACAGCAAAACUAUCAUUACUCAGUUAAUCAUGUUUGUAUUAUCUGUAUUGUGAGGUUUGUACAUAAAAAUGUGUGUAUGUGUAUUUCAUCCAAAUAUAUAUGCAAUAUAUUUGUAACCCUUAUGUAUUGUCCGUUUUAUUUUUUGCAUCAUGAGGUGUGACAAUUUUCUGUAGUUUCAGUAUCACUCCUUAAAAUAGCCAUGUUUCCUCUUUCUGCCCACAAGUAACAACAUUGUAAAUCAUUUAUGAAUUUAUUUAUGAAUGGUCAACAAUAUUAUAAUAUUCUAUGUUCAGUCAAUAAAUUGCACUUCAUAUUUGUGAA